AUGAGUAGUGUGCCAAAUUAUACACUAGAAAUAUGUACUAUAAAGUGGCUGAUCAAAUCAAAGUGGAACAUUUUUGAGACAAACGGCUAUCCAUGUAGACAUAUUUGGGCUGUAAUGAAAUACCGUCAUAUGAAGAUAGUACCACAGUCUCUCCUGCUAAAACAGUGGAGUAAGAAUGCAAAAGCAGACCUCUCGCUCGAACUAAAGCAACACUCCACAGAAAAGCAACAGUUAUUUGAAAUGGCUAGGCAGACAUCCCUCGCUUUGGAUACAAACUUGCUGAGCUAUUACGCUUCCAAGUCUGAGCAAUCUUACACCAAAGCGAAACAAGAAGUGGCAACACUAACUGCAAUGUUCAAGGAUGCAGUUCCAUUGGAAUCAAACACCGGUAACAACGACUCGGGACGAUAUCAAACCUAUCAAGAAAAUGAAAACAUUACCAGGGACCCAACACCUUGUAGAACUAAAGGAUCCGCCUAUGCAAGAAACAAUAGGGACAAUGUUUUGAUAGAUAUGUCGGAUGGAGCCGUUAAAACUAAAAGGAAGUGUUCGAACUGUUAUUCUGCAGAUCACAAUCGAAGAACAUGCCCUCAGCUGGUCGGUCUACCGCUUCCUCACAGUUAA